AUGUUCGGUUCCUCGCAGGAUAGAGCCAGACAACUGGCUGGGCGUAAUCGACGAGAGAGGAUCAGCUCGAUCAGCUCAUGUUCCAGCUCUCACUCCAUGAGUCUAUCCAAUCGACCGUCUCAGCGGCGAGAUCCCCCACCCGCAGGAGUAUGCACGGUCGAAUCGACCACAGCUGUCGAUGAGCCUACCGCUUGUGACGACAGUGAUGCUUCCAUCAAACAUAUCGUCAAAAAUGGAGUUCAUGCAGUCAAUGAUGUUCCUAUACUACUUUCUGUACCACAACUGGCGAAUGGUGUAGAGGCUUCGCACUCAGAGCAACAUCGAAUUCGAGCAGAACACCUGAGUCAGGUGCUGCAUCACAACCUUACUCUCGCGAACGUAACCGAUGUAUCGGAAAGUGAGUUCACUUUACGUCGUCACACCCGGUACGGUAGUCUAGGAACGCAUACAGACACUCUGCAACACUUGCGCAGCAUCACGACUCCCGUUCCGCCUACACACCUGGCGAACUCUCCACCUGAGAGUUUGUUGGCGAUAUUGGACAUCAAUGGGGCGACUUCCCUCCACGCCUCCGCUUCUGAUCGUCAACUGAGGUCACAAUCAACUAUGUCGCUUCGGGGUGGUUCAGGCUACGACCGUCAAGGGCGACGGAAACCAAACUGGCAGCUUGCCUUAGAAGAGAUCAUCAGGGACGACAAUGCUUGGCUCCGAAUGAAUCCUGGGCAAAGCUUGCAGAGUCGGUACGAUACGCAGACAUAUAUCAACCUUGGACCACGACCCAUCCCACUGCGUAGAACAAGCCCGGUUUUGAUUUAUAUAAUGCCAACCGCCAACUCAUGCAAUAUAUCAUCAGAGGCUGACCAUUUACACAGUUACUACAGCGGCAACAGCGGCGGCGGUGCGCAAGCUUCAUCCGCAGCAAAGGCAAACCUGACCAAGCUCUUCGAUCGGUACCAAGAGGCUGGCGCACCCGACAAGGAUAUUGUUGGCGUAGAGGGUACCAUGCGGUACUUCGAGGAAACGGGCGUCGAUGCCGAAGGUCUAGAGGCGUUGGCUGCUCUUGAGAUUGUGCAGGCGCCCACUAUGGGCGAAAUGAGCCGCGAUGGCUUCGUCAAGGGUUGGUCAGAACGCAGCUGCGAUACCGUCGACAAGCAGAAGGCGUACCUGAAAAAUGUCAAGAGCGAGCUGCCUGACAACAAAGAGCUCUUUACACGCAUCUACAAAUACACAUUCACCAUUGCCAAACCCACAGAUCAGAGAGCUGUUCCACUCGAGAUGGCCGCCGUAUAUUGGGAGUUGCUCUUCAGCUCACCCCUGUCGGCAGUCAAGUGGUCGAGCCCCAAUACGCCAUGGUUGAGCUGGUGGAUCGAGUUCCUCAACACAUCGUGGAAGAAGAGCGUCAACAAGGACAUGUGGAACGAGACGCUCAAGUUUGCACAGCUCUCACUAGCCGAUGAGUCGAUGAGCUUCUGGAACGAGGAGUCUUCAUGGCCUUCCGUCAUCGACGACUUUGUCGAGUUUGUCAAGAAGGACAAGCGCGGUGGUACGGAUGAGCAGCCGAUGGACGAAGACGAAUUCCAGAUGGUCGCCGCUAAGAAGCAUGUCCCGAUCGUGAAGAAGCACCGCAAGCGGUUCAACCGCCACCAGUCGGACCGCUUCAUGUGCGUUGACCCCUCAUGGCGCAAGCCUAAGGGUAUCGACAACCGCGUCCGCAGGCGGUUCAAGGGCCAGGCUGCUAUGCCCAAGAUCGGAUACGGCUCCAACAGGAAGACCCGCCACAUGAUGCCCUCCGGCCACAAGGCUUUCGUUGUCAACAACGUCGCCGAUGUUGACCUUCUCCUCAUGCACAACGCCACCUUCGCCGCAGAGAUCGCCCACGCUGUAUCAGCACGAAAGCGCAUCGAAAUCAUCGCCAGGGCGAAGCAGAUCGGUGUCAAGGUUACCAACGGCAAGGCCCGCGUUAAGACCGAGUCGUAG